UAUGCUUGAAUGAGUGAGGGGUUAUUUGCAAAUAAGUGUCAAAAAAAAAACAAAAAUAAUAAUAAUAACAAAAAUAGUGCUAAAUGUUAACCGUUUACAUGUAAUAAUGAAGUGAAAUUAUAUUGUGUAUCUUUUAAACUAUCUUAUGGUAACAAAUUUUCGAUGUAAAUCAAAUAACUGUGAUAAUCCUUAUUGACAUUUCACCGGAGGGUGAUUGUGAAGAAAAUGGCCGAAAAUCCUGGAAAUUCUAGAGCACGUAAUUCCGAUCAGGGCCGCCCGAGACGAACUUUUCCACCAAUGGAAUUUCCUCCUACAAGUCCUUAUCAAUCAAUGCGCUUAACUAAUGCCAAUUCAGAGGAGGAACGUGUUGGAAUUAGUCCAAAUCGCCCUAGAAAUAUACCCAUUGCUAGAGUACCUAGAUCAAGUUUAGAUGGAGUAACAGAUAAUACACGGUAUAGGGAGCGAUUUCGAAUAAAUUCAACGAUGCAUUCAACGGGGAAGCUACAAUUAUCCCCAGAUGUAGUAUAUGAUUUUACUUCGGAGGAUCUACAAGAUUUAGGUGAAAUUGGACGAGGUGGUUAUGGUACUGUUAAUAAAAUGGUUCAUAUUCCAUCAAAUACUGUAAUGGCUGUGAAAAGAAUUCGUUCAACUGUUGACGAAAAAGAACAAAAACAGUUGAUGGAUUUGGAGGUUGUUAUGAAAUCGAAUGAAUGUCCGUGUAUUGUACAAUUUUAUGGUGCCUUGUUUAAAGAAGGCGAUUGUUGGAUUUGUAUGGAAUUAAUGGAUACUUCUUUAGAUAAGUUUUACAAGUUUAUUUAUGAAAAAUUAACAGAACGUAUUCCAGAAAAUAUCUUAGGCAAAAUAACUGUUGCAACCGUGACAGCAUUGAAUUAUUUAAAAGAAAAACAAAAAAUAAUACACCGUGAUGUAAAACCAAGUAAUAUUUUACUUGAUCGUCGAGGUAAUAUAAAGCUAUGUGAUUUUGGUAUAUCUGGACAAUUAGUUGAUUCAAUAGCACGAACACGUGAUGCUGGAUGUAAACCAUAUAUGGCACCUGAACGAAUAGAUCCAAAUCGUGCACCAGGUUAUGAUGUACGUAGUGAUGUUUGGUCGCUAGGUAUCACUUUAAUGGAAGUAGCUACUGGUUCUUUUCCAUAUCCAAAAUGGCAAAGUGUUUUUGAACAAUUAAGUCAAGUUGUUCAAGGUGAACCACCACGGCUUUCACCAAAUGAAAAUGGCAAUCAUUUUACCGAGGAAUUCGUGAAUUUUGUUAAUACAUGUCUAAUAAAAGAAGAACAAGAAAGACCAAAAUAUAACGAGCUUUUAAAGCAUCCAUUUAUACGAAGAGGAGAAGAAUCCACUGUUGAUGUAGCAAGUUAUGUUAGUGACAUAUUAAAUGCAAUGGCAGAUAAUGGUAUUGAUGCUUUUACAACAAAUCAACCAUAAUUUUAUGCGCACCCGUCCCUCUGGCAUAGUUGUAAUUUAUAAUAAUAUUAUUAAUUAUAAUGUCAAAACAAAAAGAGUAAAAAAAAAAAAAAAUUUAAAAACCACAUUAUAGAUAGGGAAAUUUUCAUUCUUAUGUAUAUUUAUCAAAGUACUAUAAAUAAUUUAGUACUCAAAUUAUGUUAUUAUUUUAAAAAAUUUGACAAUUCUUUUAUUCUUUUUGAUUUUAAUUUGUAUAACUUGAUAUGAAGUUUAAACUUCCAAAUAUUCUAAGAAUUUUUAGAAAAAAGUUCAACGAAUCAUACAUACAUUUUUGUAUACGAAUAUCAAAUUGACAUAUCGUCGGCUUUGAUAGUAAACCGGUCAAAUCCAUUUUUUUCUUACAUUAAUUUUUUCCAUACCGCUCGAAAAAAAUUAGUUGGUCAUCUUUUUCAAGCGGUAUUGAAAAAUGAAUAUGAGAGAAAGGUUGAUUUGGUAGGUCAAAUUUCUAAGCUGACGAUAUUUUAAACACUGCCUGUUUUAUUAUUAUUGGGUCAAGUUAUUUAAAUUUAAGACCCUUUUGUUUGCUCAAAUAAUUUUAGGCAAAAAAUAUUUUAUGAGAAAAAUAUCUAUCUUCACUAAUAAUGGAAGAAUUUCUUACUUAAUAAUGAUUCAACUUUUAGGGAUUGUAAAUAUCUUAAUAAAAGCUUAUAUUGAAAUUCCAAAUGUAAAUAUUUGAUACUUUUCUUCUUACGUGAACUAAGUAAACAGGCGUCAAAAGAUUUAUUUAAUUUAAUCUUCCCUUCUUUAAACAACCAUUCAAAAUAAACCGUGUUUCAUAAUAGAACCUUAAUAAAAUCGAAUCUAAGUAGAUAGAAUUUCGAGUUAAAUAGAUAAUUAAACAGACAUCGAUUUCAACGGACAUAGAGAAAAAAUAUUUCAAACUAUAUAGUAACUGAAUAACACAUUCUUACAAGAGUUUAAGGUAUUUCUAACGACAUGAGACUAAAAGUAGUUUUGCACGAAAUUGUGCAGGAGUAAAAGCCGUCACCGAAACUUUUGCUUGCUGUCAGCAAAACUUAACGCUAGUUCUUGCCACCGACAAGAUCGUACAUUGAGAUGUAUUUGUCUAUUUAAAAAAAUUGAAAUGGUUUAACUAGAAUAUCCAAUAGAAGGUUGGCAAAUGAGAGUGUACAAUAAAAAAAGUUCACAAUUUUUAGAAUGUUUGGAAUGUUUAUGAUUAAAAUUUGU